UUUCUGGGGGUAUUGUAGAGGAGGAGGACUACACAGCUGCUGCUCAAACAGGGUUUUCAUUAGACUACUUUGUGGCUUUGAUAACACUCUAUAUGGGCCACUGCUUUGUCACCAACAAUCUGCUUUAGCAGCUCCUGACAGGUGGUGCGCCACAGUGCGCAGAGAAGGAUGGGCAGACGAGAAGCGGACAGCAGAGGAGCAAUGAACACCGGAGACCGCUCCGAGCUCGGUUGUCUGCGGGUCCAUCCAGCAUCCAGCGGCCACCGUGCCGGUACCGGUACCGGCGAGGAGUGCCUUGAGGAGCCCUGCUGCAGCGAGGACAACCGGCAGAGACACCCAGACAUGGAGGUGAAGAAGCACCAGCACAAACACAACUUGAAACACCGCUACGAGGUGAUGGAGACUCUGGGGAAAGGCACAUACGGCAAAGUGAAGAAGGCGGUGGAGAGAGCGAGCCUGAAGACGGUGGCGAUCAAGUCGAUCCGCAAGGAGCGCAUCACCGAUGACCUGGACAGAAUUCACAUCCAGAGAGAGAUCGAGAUCACCGCCUCGAUCCGACACUCCAACAUCAUUCGCUUCCACGAGGUGUUUGAGAGCCGGGAUAAGAUUGUGAUAGUGAUGGAGUACGCCAGCAGGGGAGAGCUGUACGACUACAUCCAGGAGAGGAGGAGGCUGCCUGAAACAGAAGCCCGGGGCAUCUUCAGACAAAUCACAUCUGCUGUCCACUACUGCCACAAGAACGGUGUUGUGCAUCGAGACCUCAAGCUGGAGAACAUCCUCUUAGAUCAAGAUUUCAAUGUGAAGCUGGCUGACUUUGGCCUUUCCAAUCAUUUCCAGAGGGGCAUUCUGCUGCAGACGUACUGUGGCAGUCCGCUCUAUGCGGCCCCGGAGAUAGUGAAAGGACUGCCCUACCAGGGGCCAGAGGUGGACUGCUGGGCGCUGGGGGUGUUGCUGUAUGCGCUCGUGUACAGCAGCAUGCCGUUCGAUGGGGCCAACCACACCGCACUCACAGAGCAGAUCAGCCAAGGUCGCUACCGCCGGCCCAACCCCCCCUCAGAUGCCUGCGCUCUUAUCGACUGGUUGCUGACGGUGCGUGUGGACGAGAGGGCUACGAUAGAGGACGUGGCCAACCACUGGUGGGUGAACUGGGGUUUUGAAGAGAGUGUGUGUGACUGCCCUUCAUCUCCACACCAAGAAUGCCCCUCCCCCCUGCUGGCUCGCUACAUCGACUGGCAGAAUCGGGUCGCAGCUACCGGCAACAUGGCCGUUGACCCAGCAUGCCUAUCCUCAGACUCCUCCUGUCCACCUCAGCUAUCUCCCCACCCCUUUUACUUCAGCCUACCUCUGAAGAGCGAUCGCGGAGGAGGAGGAGGAGGAGGAGGUGGAGGAAGGAUACGUGGAGGAAUGUCAAGCCUGAGGAAGUCACGCAAGGAGAAUACAAUUCCCCAGACUGCACUGGGAGCUUGUGGUGGCAUUUGUGCAACGGCAGCCUCUUCCGCUGCGAUUUCCUCCCCUUCCACCAUUGAAAGAAAGAAACCCAAAGGUAUUCUAAAACCCCAGAGGAGUUUUGACUCAGUCUUUCACAGCCCUCCUAAAGAAAUCUCUCCCUCCCAACCUUGUCACGCUGCUCCCCAGCCUUUCCGAACACAUACACUUGCCCACAUACAUGCUGAUGUCCUGUCCACCAGCCUGCCGCCUCCCUCUACGUUCAGUCAGCCCUCAUCCAAAAUGCCCAAGAAGGGGAUACUGAAGAAUUUGUAUGGAGGGGAGUCGGGUUAUGGCUCAUCCUCAGACAGAAGGAGCUCUGGAGCGGCAGUUAAGGAGGGGGGUGAUGCAGGUGAUUUGUGCUCCCACAAACAGCACACUUGCCUCCCAGCGGCAGAAGACAGCCCCACCAUGCGAACAGAGGCAGUAAGAAGAAGGAAGGGGAUUUUGAAACGUAACGGCAAGUUCUCUCGCAGUCUGGAUCUCCCUGAUGACCUCCACUCAGCCCCCACGAUGUUCCCCGAGGCUCUGCAGCAGCUCCUCCAGGCCACAGGGGGCGCCGAGGGGCACCGUAGCCGCCCCUCUAGUGUGGUGAGCGAGGACAGCCUCUUCUCCUCCGAUUCCUUUGACCUACUGGACCUCAGCGCCCAAUCACGUCGCAGGUUUUUCUCCCGGGGAAUGCAGCACAGCGCCGGCAGCUCUGAGGAGGACCUGGAGCAGCUGAGAGCGGAGGCAGACGGAGUUAGUGGAGACGGCGAAGGACAGAAGGAAAUGCUAACGUAAGACUAAGGAACAAUGGAGACAUCUAAGGUGAUGAAAAAUUAGUUGAACACCAGUUCUUCAGUUCACUUUUCUGUGAUAAUCAGUGCCUGCCAUCUUGAAAAGACUUUAAUGAACUCUGGGAGGGUUACAUCUCGAGAACGAGGACUAUACCGUGUAUUGUACUGUCAAUGUAAAGCACCAUUUCUUGGCAUAUUUGUUUGCACUGAAUGAUAAAUGAGACUGUUCUUUGCCAUUUCAAUUGUCUUCUGAAUGUGAGACAAUGCAGAGUGACUAGAUACUAAGUGACACCUAAAGGGGAUCCAGUGUCUGCCCAGUUGCAGAGAUGGGACCUGAAUGUGGCAGAAUGGACAGUCUGUUUUAUGAACUCACUCUGACCUCACCUGCAAUAGGUUUCUUUUCAGAUCAGCCUUGAAAGUCUGAGUUAGCACUGCAGGUUUUUGGAAGUGAGGAGAAGUAUAACCGAGUGCCAUCUUGGAUAUGUGAAUCCAUGUGUCAGUAUGUCAAUAGUGACAAUAAACCAACAAGACAUAUUAAGUGUGUUUCCAUCCACCCGCUUUUAUGGCCAUUUUGCACAUAAAGAGGAAAUGUCGAAAAUUCUGGGGAAAAAUCUAAAUUUUCAGCUGAGUUGGAAAAGUUUGUUCAUCGACAAAAGCAAAAUGUAACAAAAUGUAAUUGAAUCAGACUUGGUGAAUAAAUCAUGACGGACAUGAAGCUUGUGAGAU